UUUCAAUUGUGAACAUUCUACACUCCUGUCAAAUUCAAGCUAUAGCACAACAAACAAACAACUAAACUAAUAUCCGGUGUUAUGUGAUUUAUUCGGGUUUUUUUUUAUUUGUUUCAUCGAGAAAAGGUCAAUACUCUAAAGAGAAAAUUGAAAAACAAUCAAAUAACACAAUUCAAACAAAAACGAUUGAUAAUCAAGAUUUCGCGCGCGUUCAACAUUUCCAAUUUGACUGUCGAAUCGGCUUCGUAGCAAACAAAUGCCAAAUGUUAACCGAAUUGAAAGUGUGAGAAAAAGAUUUACGAGGUGUCACCGUUGAUAAUAUUCAAAUUGUUAGUGAUAAUGUGACACUGUGAAUGCACACGCAAUCGAAGUGUCGAAGUUCAGUUUGGUUCUUUUUCUUCUUCAUUCUACUCGUUCAUUUUGCAUUUUAUAAAAAGAACACAUACCCGCACACAUCCGAAACAGAUGUGCUGUAUUUUUGAGUUUUACUUCUGGCAUUAAAUCUCUAUCUAACUUUCCGAUAUAUUGCCACAUUCGUCACUAUACAAAUAUUCUUGCUAUCAUAACUGUUUAAUUAUUACCUCCCGGAGUGUGCGUGGGAAAAUUGAAAUGAAAAAAGAACGUAAACACAAUUCAAAAACAUUUACUUAACAACUGCAUUCCAACAUCACGAAUCGACACUGUAUUUUGCUGAAAUAGCAAAGUUCUCUUUGAUAAUUGAUACAAAACAAACUAAUACAAACUCCAUGCAAACAAAAAUUGCAACAACAGAAAGUACUUAAGCAAUUAAUGAUUGUACAGAUGAUCGAUACAAAUUAUAUCGAAAACAAGGAAUAGAACGUUAUUUGUGCCAUUCGGUUUGGCCCAUCUGUUUCAUACCAUUUAAAUGAGAGCAAAACUAAAAUGCGAACACGUUCACAGGUGUAAUAAUUCAAAACUAUCACAAAUUACUUAAAAUCGUCUUAAAUUUCUAAUGAACAUUUAGACCUGAAAGCAAAGUUCAGUAUCAAUCAUACACGAAUAAAUGCCACAGUGAAUAACAAAUUGAAGCGAAUAAGUUAUUAUAACAAAAGAAGAGAUUAAAAGCGGCCAGCAGCAGUCGUAUCUGAAUGCGAGAGAGCAAGUGAAUGUUCGUAUAAUAUCUGGAAAAACUGUUAAAAUCACCACACAAAUCCAUUAAUCAAAAAUGUGCACGAGGAGAAUGUGUUAACAUGCAAGCGAAAAAGCGUUAUAUUUUAGUAUUUAUAUCGUGUGCAUUUCUUGCAUACUGUUAUUUUGGUGGCUAUCGUCUUAAAAGGUCACGCAUUACAUUUUCACCAAAUGGCAGCGGCAGUGGCGGCAUCAAAAGUAAUAUUAACAUACGUCGCUAUGAAAAUAUCGUCGUGCCGCCGAAUCUUCCAUCAUUUCUAUCCACAAUUGAAUGCAAUGGCAUGAAUGAUGAUGAUUUCAACACCAAUUCCAACAAAUAUGAAAAAAGCAAAGGAACAGCAAAUACACACCACAGUCAUAUGAACAGUAAUGACGAUGCAUUUCGUCAAGGAUCUCAAUUAUCAUCCGCAACUGUGCAAACAAAUGCCAAAUUAAAAGUUGAAAAGGAAGAGGUGGAUGUGGCCUUGCAACCAAUAUCAAAUAACCAAAAUGUACCACCGCCAGCACAACCAUUACCACCGAAAACAAAUGAUGAGCCAAAAGUACAAGUGCCAGUCGUUGAAUUGCCAGCCAUUGCAAAUGCGGCUGAUGCCGGAAACAAUGUUGAUGGUUUGGCCAAAACAUUUGAUGAACAACAACACCAACAACAUCGUCGACGCACCAAACCAUGCCGCAUGGAAACAUGCUUCGAUUACACAAAAUGCAGCGAUGUAAAUCAACAACUUUUAGUUUAUGUUUAUCCACCGGAUACGAUCAAUCCACUAGGCAAUACACCACCGAUUAGUUUAAAUUAUCGGAAAAUUUUGUCAGCGAUUACCGAAAGUCGAUAUUAUACGGCCGAUCCGGAGCGUGCAUGUUUAUUUGUGCUUGGAAUCGAUACGCUUGAUCGUGAUUCGCUUAGUGAGGAUUAUGUACGAAAUGUGCCAUCACGUUUACAACGUUUACCCUAUUGGAAUAACGGUCGAAAUCAUGUCAUUUUCAAUUUGUAUUCGGGUACAUGGCCUGAUUAUGCGGAAAAUAGCCUCGGUUUUGAUACGGGCGAAGCCAUAUUGGCCAAAGCCAGCAUGAGCGUACGACAAAUUCGACCUGGUUUCGAUAUCAGUAUUCCAUUAUUUCAUAAGCAGCAUCCGUUGCGUGCCGGCAACACGGGCUUCGCUGUCAGCAACAAUUUUCCAACAAACAAAAAGUACCUGUUGGCAUUUAAAGGAAAACGUUACGUGCACGGAAUCGGCUCCGAGACACGAAAUUCAUUGUUUCAUCUGCACAAUGCUCGCGAUUUAAUACUGGUAACAACGUGUCGUCAUGGAAAAAGUUGGCGCGAACUACAAGAUGCCCGAUGCGAUGAGGAUAACAGAGAAUAUGAUCGAUACGAUUAUGAAACGUUGCUAUUGAAUUCAACGUUUUGCUUGGUGCCUCGCGGACGACGUUUGGGUUCAUUCAGGUUCCUUGAGGCACUUCAAGCCGGAUGUAUACCGAUAUUGCUGUCGAAUUCCUGGGCACUUCCAUUUGAAUCAAAAAUCGAUUGGAAAAUGGCUGCCAUUUGGGCUGAUGAACGACUUUUGUUACAAGUUCCCGAAAUAGUACGAUCAAUAUCAGCGACAAAAAUUUUGGCGCUACGACAACAAACGCAAAUGUUAUGGGAACGCUACUUUGGAUCCAUCGAAAAGAUUGUAUUCACAACAUUCGAGAUAAUACGCGAACGCUUACCUGACUAUCCGCUACGAAAUGGAUUAAUUUGGAAUAAUGCACCUGGUGCAUUGCUAACAAUACCAACAUUUGCUGAUUCGUCAGUAAAAAUGCCAUUUUUAUUGGACAUUUUGAAUAAGGAACCAGGCCAUAAUUUUACAGCGGUGAUAUUUGUACAAAUUGGUGUUACAUUAACACCAAGCUCUGCACUUUAUCGUCUAGUCAAAACAAUAACACGAAGUCAAUACGUAGCUAGAAUUAUAAUUUUAUGGGCAUCGGAUCGACCGAUACCGUCAAAAAAGCGAUGGCCAAACACCGGUGCCAUACCAAUGCACAUUAUAUCAUCGAUUGGUAACGAUGAACGACCAACAAUUUCGCAUCGAUUCUAUCCGCAUAAGUUUAUCGAUACCGAUGCAAUCUUGUCAUUAGAUGAAGAUGCUAUACUAAAUACAGACGAAUUGGACUUUGCCUAUCGUGUGUGGCGUGACUUUCCCGAUCGCAUCAUUGGCUAUCCAGCUCGUGCACACUUCUGGGAUGAUUCCAAGAAUGCUUGGGGUUACACAUCGAAAUGGACGAAUUACUAUUCAAUUGUACUAACGGGUGCUGCAUUUUAUCAUCAAUACUAUAACUAUGUGUACACAAAUUGGUUGCCAUUGUUAUUAUUGAAAACGGUACAACAAUCAUCGAAUUGCGAAGACAUUCUCAUGAAUUUUUUGAUAUCGCAUGUUACACGAAAAGCACCCAUUAAAGUCACUCAACGAAAAGGCUACAAAGACCGUGAAAGCGGAAGAAGUCCAUGGAAUGAUCCUGAUCAUUUUAUACAACGACAAAGUUGCUUAAAUACAUUCGCUGCAGUUUUUGGUUAUAUGCCGUUGCUGCGCUCAAAUCUCCGUCUAGAUCCUGUUUUAUAUCGUGAUUCUGUGUCUAAUUUAAGAAAAAAAUACCGCCAAAUCGAACUUGUUGGCAGCUAGCGAACUGAUUAUUUCUACUGAAAAGAGCAAACAACACAUUUAUUUUAUUUAAGUUAAGUUAGAUUUUUAUUAUUGUAACUCAUGUAAACUGGAUAAUUGUUUCUAAAUGGAGAGAAAAUUGUAUAUUUUGAAAUGAAAAAAAAAAAAAAAAAACAAACAAAAAAACGAGCCAUGGCAACAGAAAAUGUGCAAAUUGUUAGAAUGCCAUACAAAAAAUACAUGCAAUUGUAUACACGACUGUUAUGACUGUAUAUGGGUGGCAUUUGAUAGAUGGCAAGAAUAGACGAUAGAUAAGUGGCUAAAAUUGAUUGUAAAAAAACACAAACCUAAGAAGAGAGAAUAGAAUGAAGACAUGAGGCGAGGGAAAAUGUUCGAUAAAUUGAUUUAGUAAUUAGUAUAGGUGCUUAGUUAUUGAAAAGCUAUAUAGUAGAAUAGAAACCAAAUGGAAGGUAAAAUCGAAAUGAAUAUAUGUGAACCUCUGUGUGGAUGUUUUACGGAAAAACGACGCUAAAAUGUCAGAAACGAACUGAAGUUUUCCAAACAAUCACAUAUUUUCACCCAAAAGAAAAACUCAACCAAAAACAAAACUUAAAACUAACAAAACGGCAGUCAAAAAUCACUACUAUCAUUCAAAUCGACCUAUCGCAAAAUUCUGCACCGGCAAUUGAUGUAAACGUAAUAAACAUAUCAUAAUAUAAAUGUAAAAAAAACUCUUUCAAUUCCUAUCACAUCUAACCAAAAAAUCAACAACAACAAAAAACAUGGCGAAUAAAUAAACGUAUUAAACGACCAAAAGCAACAAUUUGAAACAUUAUAAUAUAGAGAGUGUACUGUACAAUAACUCUUUUGUUUUCAAUCGCUUUCAGUGUGAGAUGUUUGAACACAUCUUUUUUUGAUCCGCAACGGACAAAACAUUUCAAGUAGAGAUAUAAGUCAAACCAAACCAUAUCGUAUUGUUCUAAUUCAAAAUUCAAUUCAGUCCAUUGAAAUAAAUUAUUUUGUUCUGCCAUCAAUCCUUCAGGCAAUCGGUGUGUAGAGUGUUAUCAAAUAAUAAUAUUAUUUUUUUUUUCGAAAUUGGCACAUAUCAAUUUUCCUAAUCACAUCAUUCGACUUUAAUUUUAUACCAAAACCCAAAAGCAAUUUAAAUAUGAUUAUGACGAUCUUUUUUACGAAACAUUUACUCAACAAAAUAAACAUUAGAAAAGUGUUCCCGACAUUUUUGAGUCAUACACUUUUCGAACCACUUUUAAUCUAUAGUGAAAAAACAAAAAGAACAACACUGACUUCAACAAUAUUAUGUAAGCAAUUUGUUUAUGACAUACACACAUUUUUAGAAAAUGUAUGCACUCGAUGUGUUAUUGUUGUCUACCAUAUUGCACCAUCAUACACAUAAAAUAUACUAUCAUUCGGCCGAAAAAAAUUCAAUUCGAACCAAAUCAAAAAACCAGAAGAAAAUCAAUGUAUAUUUCUUGUGUAAAAACAACGUAGCAAAACGUAAAACAAGAUAUUGAAAACCCAAUGAACGACUAAACAAAAACCAACAAAAAAAAAACUAUCUAUACUUUAUAAACCAAUGAAUACUGCUUUUGCCUCGCGCGCGCACACACACACACACACAAACUAUUUCCGCUUAGCCAAUAAUCAUAUUAUAUAAUCAAUCAUAUUUCCGACAAUUGGCUGCUGUAACAAAUGGUGAACAAUAUGUGUACAAUCGGCAAGCAGUUUUGGCUUCUUCUUUUUAUCCAAUCAAAAUUCAUACCGACUUUUUUCCAUAUCGAAAUUGACAUUUUUUUUUUUUUUUUUUUUUGAGGAAAAAAGUUCGGAGAUAGUUUAGUACUUGAACAAUUAUGGAUGCAACCCAAAUCAUUGCAAUGCACGUGCAGAGCGGAGUGUGAAAGCGUCCCACUGUUUUGUUGAGGGUUACAGGAAAAUAUGCCCUAGCCUAUGUACUAAGUAUCAAUCAUUUUUGAAAAUAAUGAUAGACCUCGACUGCAUGAGAUUCCGAAAAGGCGGCGUUUUUGCCGUUUUUUUUCAAAAAAAAAAUGAACCAUCAUUUUAGGUUCUAGUUUUAAAUUCAGUGUGUAGAAAAUUUUUGAAAAUUUACGAUUUUUUUGUCAUUUUCUAUGUGCUAAACUUAAUCUAAAUCCAAAAAAAAAUAUCAACUAAAACAAACGUUUUAGAUCUAUGCAGUUGAUGGUUAUACAGUUGACUAUUAUUAAAUUUGAUGAAAGAUAGAUAAAAUCGUUUUUUUUUUUUCUCUAGAGUGUAUAAAUUCACAAGUCCACCAAAUAAGCGUACGAUUACAUUCAGUGAAUGUAAUUUGGAUUUUGUUUUGCUAUUUGUUUCAUACGCUACACAUAAUAUACGUCCAAAGUUAUAGAAUUCGCUUUUAUUUUAUAUUUAUACAUCGAACGGAAAUCUCGUUAUCGCCUUAAUUUUCAAUAAACAUAUUAAAAUCGAUGUGUGCGUGAAUACGAUACGAACGCAACAACAAAAGAGGAUUAUAUGUUCCACUGAACAAUUUUAGUUGAAUAGAUGAAUUAUCUUCCAUUCCUAAGACAUAGAAAAAAUUGAAACCGAGAAAAAUGAAUAAAACAAAAACCAAAACAAUUAACAAGCAUAAAAAGCAGGCAAAAUCAAAAGAAUUUCCAUUAAAAUAGUACAUGUAAAUAUUAAACAGGGCGUUCGACUCUCUUUCCUGGAUGAAGAAAAAAAGACGGGCUUCGUCAUAAUUGCAAAUAGAUUUAAUGAAAUAAUGUAGAGAAAAAAAAACACGAAAAGCAGAAAGUGAUUGUGACAUGAAAACAAAACCAGAAAAGGCUUGAAUCCAGUUGAAUCGCAAUUGCAAUUAGAAGCUGAUGUGCAAAGUAGAACGCCAAGAAGAGAGAAUAGGCCAUUAUUUGUUGUUAUCCGGGAUUUUCAUUCGGAGUAAUAAGUUGUAGAGAGAUUUGUGCAUUGAGCAUCUCAUUCGCACACAGUCUAUUAUUAAAUUGAGCCAAUCAACCAUGCAUGAGAAUUACUUUAUAUUUACUUGAGGCAUAAACAUACAUUAUAUUGAGAUAUUUUCAGCCAGUUGAAUCAGCUCAGGAAGUAUUUUUAUAACUAUAACCAUCACUUCUAUUAUUGUCGCUAUAUUUCAGCGCCUGACGUCAGUUGCCUCUGAACUGAUUCAUCUGGCUGAAAAUAUCUCAAUAUAAUGGCGCAACGUUCUCGCAGUGUUUCGCAUAAUUUAUUAGUUAAUUGACGCAACAAAUAACGACGAGUGAAUCUAACAAAAGAAGGCGAAUAACAAAAAAAACACACACACACACUCAUGAAUUAUAUACUGUAGAAUGGCCUUAUAAAUCAACAUGUAUUAUGUGCAUAAUUGUUCACUUGUGGAAAUAUAUUUGUGUCAUAUAUAUCAAAAAAUAUAUUGAUAAAAUUAAAUCAUAAAGCAAAUGCCAUCAAGAGUAUAUAUAUAAGUGCGGAGGGGGAGAAUAAACAGAAAAUCAUCGCAAUUAACACAUGACAUUGUAUGGAUAUUGUGAUUUUGUCUACAAUGAAAACUUUUGCAAGAAAUUAUGCGUCAUUUUUUCCUUUCAUGAUAACAGUCUCUCCAUUCAUCUAUAAAAAGUGACAAAAACGAACAUUUAUUUUUGAUUCAUCUUUUGAAAAAGUAAAAAAAAAAAUCAAUUGGAUAACGGUCUUCUGUUGCAAAAUUUAUUCCCACCUUGGAAAGUAGUAUAUAAUAAUUUCAUUUUUGGCAAAUUUUAUUAUUUUUAUUGCUGCUAAACGAGGAAAUACGACUAGCUCCAGCAUUUAAAUGGCACACCAAAACCGAAACUAAACAAAAACAUUGAGGAUGUUUUCAAUACACACAAAUAUACAUAAACAUCAGAAAAUGAAAUAUUCAACAUACACGACAACACCAACAAGCAAAAAAUAAUAAAAUCCAUUUGGAACUACCCUCUAUACAAAGUACUCUCGAUGAGAUCAAAAUGGUACACACUCUAUUUUUAUUUUUACUAUUUCUACUGUACUUUGUACUGACGAGCGACUAUGCGAUAUUUCUAUACUAUUAGGAAGAUGGAGAGGGAUACAAAGAAUCAUACACACUCACACACACACACAAAAAAAAAAAACAA